AAAAGUUAAAGUGAUUUGUGUCUAAUUUAUUGAUAAAUUAUUAAACAUAUAUGAUUUGGACUGAAAAGAUUUUACAAAACUCAUUAUGAAGAGCUGGCUAGAAACCGCCAGCAGCAUGGAGGACGGAUCCUUACCCUGUAUGCUGGCUGAACCAAGGGAGGCGUUGCUACCGAUAACUGGCAGAGAGAACUUAGCACCAAGAAAAAGAGACAGAACAUUAGAGCCAUGCUCUCUAUCCGAAGAUGCAUAUUUAUCAAGCGGGACGGGAUCACCGUGCGCUGGACUAUCUCGUGAAGAACGGAGACGACGACGACGAGCAACUUUAAAGUAUCGAACCGCUCACGCUACAAGAGAAAGAAUCAGAGUGGAAGCAUUCAACGCUGCUUUUGGAUCGCUCAGGAGACUUCUCCCGACGUUACCACCUGAUAAAAAACUUUCUAAAAUAGAAAUACUGCGACUAGCUAUUUGUUAUAUUGCUUAUCUCAAUCACGUUUUAGAUGCAUAAACAUUAACGUAGGUCAUUUUAUACAGCUAUAUAGCAUUUCUAUAUUGAGUGUGCUGGAACUUAAGUGGAAGAUCUGAUUCUAGUCAAAUCGAAAAUA